AUGAAGUUCACUUCUCUCUUUGCUUUGAUACUCAUUGAAAUCCUUUUGUGCUCCUCUUUUUGUCUCUGCCAUGAAGUAAAGAUCUUUCAAGGAAGAGAAAGAAGGAGCCUGUCAAGAAGGCUUCUGUCAAUUCCAGUGGUUUCUGUUUCUCCAAGCAGGUUGAGUACAAGCAGUGGAGCCAUGAAAGAGCCCAAGAAAGCUGUGGAGUCUAGUAUGAGGAGAAAGCCACCCAGUGGCUCAAAUCCAAUCCAGAACAAGUAG